AGCUCUACAGUUCGGACGUACACUUAAAAUCGCUGCCUCUUUUUAUGAAUUUUGUUUGUGCCACGGGCGCGCAAAUAAAUCGCAAAAAUUGAUAUUGAUUUCCAUUCAAUUUCUAUUAAAUUGUAUUGGAAAAAAUUCGCUCAAGUGUUAAAAACCAAUUGAUUUGUGUGUGUGGGUGUGUGAAAGUGAGCUUAUGAGUGCGUGAAAAAAUGCAAUAAUCCAGAAGGAGGAAAAAAAAAAAAAACAAAACAGCAAUGCCAAUUUAAAACAGUCAGAAAAGGAAAAAUAGUGAAACGAUUUAGGUACUACAAGGGAAAAUACAAGAAUAAAUAAAGAAUUCCUGUCUUAGCCGAUAGAAAUGCACAAGACCACAACAACAACAACAAAUAUGCAGCAGGCAACGGAUCUUGACUUUGAUUUCCAGAUGCCGUGUCGCUAUUUCAAAAGUUCUUUUGCGCGUUCGCUUUCGCUGAAUAACAACAACAGCAACAAUGGGAACGGCAACAACAACACUGCCUUGACAUUGCCCAAGAAAUCGCCGGCGAACGAGGCCAAGCUACAACAGCAACAACAACUGGAGAAUCAGGAAUCGCUAGAGAGAGACAGCGAACAGGAUUCCCCCUGCGCCACCCCGCCCCCCGCUCUGCCGGCACGACGUCACACCGCCAACAUGAUACACUUUGGCGCCGCUAAUCAGCUGCUCUCCGCACCACCACCCAGCCACCCUCCACCACUCCCCCCGCAACAUGCUCAGCAUGCACAACCACCGACACAAUCCGCCAGGAAUCUCAAUCUCGUCUGGCCAAUGCAACCGACACAUCAGCCAGCACAGCAGCAGGAUGCCAGCAUCAUGGCCGCACCCAGCCACCACAUCCAGAGCCACAUCUACGACUUGCCACAGCAAUUGCAGCCACAUCAGCACCACCAACAGCAUCGCCACCACCACCAGCAGCAGCAACAACAACAUCAACUAAAUGUCGAGGCUGUCAUAUUGCAGAAUCAGGUGGAUACAUUGCAUUGGCAAUUGAAACAGACCGAAACCAAUUGCGAGAUGUAUCGCGCGGUGAUGGAGGAAGUGGCCCGCUUUUUCGAGCGCUACCAGGUGCAGCAGCAACUCCAGCAGACCCAUCGCAAUGGCGAGCAGAUCGCCCGCUCCAAGAGUCUCCAUCAUGUCCACGGCGUGGGCAACUCCUCCCUGCAGAGCGAUCCCCGCGAUGAUGACGCCUCGAGUGCCGGAUCCGCUUCAUAUCUGCGCGCCCGGAGCAGUACCAAUUUGAUGUUGAAUAAAUCAAUGCAUGCCAUGAAUGAGGAGCAACAUUACGAGACGAUUGCUCCAGCUGGGAGCUAUAAUGCCUUCAAGGAUUUUACCUGGCGUCGCUCCCCGAAGAAAUCCGGAGGCAGUGGUGGCUGCAAGGCGCGUCUCUCAGCUCCCGAGGCUGCCGAGGAGAAGCUCAACCAGGAGGCCUUCCGGUUGGCCAGAACCAUUAGGAACCUGCUGCUCACCUCCGAACAGCAGCCGGAUCUCACGCAGCCGCGUCACUCGCUGGCCUCCAUCUCAUCGCUGCCCUCGGGAAAUCAUCGCCUGUGCAAGGGGAAAACCAGUUCGGUGAUGACGCUGCUGACGCCACCGUUGCACAAUUCCACCAGCAUCAUGAAUGCCACUCUGGAGGCCACUCCGUCGCCGGCUGGCAAAUCCAAUGCGGAACUGAUCUUUCUGCGGGCCAACAACAUGAGGGACUCGAGGCUAUCGCUGCGCAGCUCCACCGACAGUUCCGUGCAUUCCACCAUCUCCUCGACGGCGUCCUCUUCCUCGAAAGUGGAAACGGACGAGGAGACGCAGACGCAGACCAAUGCCAGCAGCACAGCCAUCAGCAGUAGUGGUAUCAAGCCCACUAGCAAUAAGCAGAGCGGUUCCAGUACAGAAGACGAGAGUGGUUUCAGUUCAAUUAGCUCCUUUCACGACGUGGGUUUGCCCCUGAGUUCCACCCUGAUGAAUGGGAACCAGAGACGCCUGUCCAUGUCCUCGGACAGCAGAAACUCCACUUUGAAGUCUGGAUUAAAUAUGGUGGGACUGCCACUGCAAAACCAGACUCAGAUUCAAGUCCAGGUUCAAGCUCAGAUUUCCACCAGCCAAUCGCCCUCAAAAACCUAUCGCAAUGCGAAUCGCUAUCAGCGAUUCUCCACUUUAUCAAACGAAGAUGCAGCCGCUGUUUUGUGGGUCUAA